CGUAAAGAACGCUGCAGGAUUCCUGGUUUGCUUUGCUCCGUCUGAAGGGACGUGCAUAGCCUUUGCGUUACUCUUUCAUUCACUCCUCGUUGUAGUUCACUUGGCUUGCUGCUUAAGGACUUCUUUAAAGUAGUUCCAAUCAUCAUGGAGCUAUCGUCGGAGGAAAAGACACAGCGGCGGGAGAACUACAAAAAAUCCACGGCCCCUAACAACAGGGAACAACGGGUGCUGUUGUCUAAUCGGGCAGCUACUGUUCUCGCUGUCGGCGUGUUCCUAACGAAAGUCAUCUGCGCACAGGCUGCGUCUCUCUACUUCACCAAGGAGCCCAAGUCCCAGGAUGCACUGCACGGGCGAAGCGCCAUGCUUCGCUGCGAGGUCAGCAACCCGGCGAACGUCACCUACAGCUGGCUGCACAACGGCACGGAGGUGGCCGACUCGGAGCGCCGCUUCCGGGAGGGCGGCAACCUCAAGUUCACCGCCGUGGACCGCAGGCUGGACUCCGGCAGCUUCCAGUGUGUGGCCACCGAUGGUGCGAGCGGGAAGACGGAGCGCUCCAGCAAUGCCUCCUUCAACAUCAAGUGGCUAGAGAGCGGAGGGGUGACCCUCAAAGAGCCGGCCUCGGAGGCGGACAUCGAGAGCUCUGCCCCGGUCACGCUGCGCUGCCACAUCGACGGACACCCGCGGCCGACCUGCCAGUGGUUCAGAGACGGCGUGCGACUGACGGAGAAGAGCCACCAGAUCAACAAUAAGGAGCGCACCCUCGCGCUGAAGAGCGCCAGCCCCGACGACAACGGCCUGUACUACUGCUGCGCCAAGAACGCCGCUGGCCAAGUCUGCAGCAGCGACAACUUCACCCUCAACAUCAUAGACAAGAGCUUCCCUCAGCCGCUCGUCACUCCCGAGGACCAGGUGGUGUUGAGGAACGAGGAGGCCGUUUUCCACUGCCAGUUCACCGCCGAGCCGCCGCCCACUGUCGAGUGGUACCACGAGAGCGAACUCAUCACCAACAAGUCCCGUGUGUUCCUGUUGAGCAACGGCACCCUCCUCAUCACCCAAGUGAAGCCCCGCACGACCGGUCUCUACAAAUGCGUGGCCCGUGGGCCUCGGGGCCCGGCCGUCACCCUCCAGGCCACCCUCCGACUGGCUGAGAUAGAAGAUAUGGGGAGACCCAUGGUGCGGGUCUUCACCGUGGACAGCAUGGAGCGAGUGGCCUGCCACGCCCCGCGGGGCCACCCAAAGCCUGACGUGUGGUGGGAGCGGGGUGGGGUGCGUGUGCCCUCAGAGGGCAGGGUACGGCAGGACGGCCUCGACCUGGUCUUCAGCCCCACCGAGGGGGCGGACUCCGGCUCCUACACCUGUGUCGCCCAAAACAAGGCCGGGCAGAAGAGGCAGGAUCUGACGGUCACCGUGGCCACUGCUCCUGAGUGGGUGACCAAGCCUGUGGACAGCCAGCUGGAGGAGGGCCGUCCGGGGUACCUGCACUGCCUGACCAGCGCCACACCUGACCCAGAGGUCACCUGGUUUCGCAGCAAUAUCCAGAUCAACGCCGAGGACAUUCGCUUCAAACAGUUUCCUAACGGGACCCUGCGCUUCAACAGUGUGGAGGUAUACGAUGGGCAGGUGUACGUCUGCCAGAGCAAGACCGAGGCCGGGAUGGUCACUGCACACGCGCGAGUCUUCGUGCUGGAGAAGCUGAAGUUCACUCCGACCCCCCAGCCAGUGCAGUGCCUGGAGCUGGAUAAAGAGAUCAGUGUGCAGUGCUCGGCCAAGGGCCGCGAGACCCCCACCAUCCAGUGGACCAAAGCAGACGGCAGCGAGAUCCCACCCCGUGUGGAGCAAAGGGGCGGUGUGCUACACUUCUCCAAGGUGACGCGCAGCGACACAGGCAACUACACCUGCGUGGCCUCCAACAGCCUUCAGGGGGAGAUCCGUGCCAUAGUGCACCUCACUGUAGCAGUUUACGUCCUCUUCAAGCUGGAGCCGGAGAACACUACAGUGUACCAGGGCCACACAGCCAUUCUGCACUGCCAGGCCACUGGUGACCCAGACCCCUACAUCCAGUGGAGGAUUAAGGACAAGUUCCUGGACCCCAGUCAGGGCAGGUUCCAGAAGAUGCCAAAUGGCUCCCUAGUCAUCCGCGAUGUCAGCACAGAGGACACUGGGAAGUACACCUGUAUUGCUGGGAACAGCUGCAAUAUCAAAUCCACCUCAGCGGAUCUGUAUGUUGUGGAAAAGCCAGUGGAGCACUCGAUGGAUGACGAGAAGGCGCCCUACAAGAUGAUCCAGACCAUUGGGCUGUCGGUGGGGGCAGCCGUGGCCUACAUCAUUGUUGUGCUGGCCCUCAUGUUCUACUGCAAGAAGAGGCGCAACGCCAAGAGGCUGCAAAAGGGUGCGGAGGGGGAGGAGCCCGAGAUGGAGUGCCUCAACGGGGGAGCGGUGCAGCAGAACGGGCAGACCACGGCAGAGAUCCAGGAGGAGGUCGCCCUGACCAACCUGGCCAGCACGGCAGCCUCCAGCAAGCGGCACAGCAGCAACGACAAGCUGCACUUCCCCCGCAGUAACCUGCACACCAUCACAGCUCUGGGGAAGGGAGAGUUCGGGGAGGUCCUCCUGGCCAAGGCCAAGGGCAUCGAGGAGGGCGAGGAGGAGACGGUGGUGCUGGUGAAGAGCCUGCAGACGCGGGACGAGCAGCUGCAGCUGGACUUCCGCCGCGAGUUCGAGAUGUUCGGCAAACUGAACAACGCCAACGUGGUGCGGCUCCUGGGCCUGUGCCGCGAGGCCGAGCCGCACUACAUGAUCCUGGAGUACGUGGACCUGGGUGACUUGAAACAGUUCCUAAGAAUCUCCAAAAACAAAGAUGACAAAACCAAGUCUCAGCCCCUCAGCACCAAACAAAAGGUGUCCAUCUGUGCUCAGGUAGCCCAGGGUAUGGAACACCUAUCCAAUCAUCGCUUUGUCCACAAGGACCUGGCUGCCCGCAACUGCCUGAUCAGUGCCCAGCGCCAGGUCAAGGUGUCCGCCCUCAGUCUCAGCAAGGACGUCUACAACAGUGAGUACUAUCACUACCGCCAAUCCUGGAUCCCGCUGCGGUGGCUGCCCGCCGAGUCGGUCUUCGAGGAUGACUUCUCCACCAAGACGGAUGUGUGGUCCUUUGGGGUGCUGAUGUGGGAGGUGUUCAGCCAGGGAGAACUGCCCUAUACCAAACUCAGUGACGACGAGGUCCUGGAAGGUCUACAGGCGGGAAAGAUGAAGCUGCCAGCACCUGAGGGCUGCCCCUCCAAGGUGUACAAGCUGAUGGGGCGCUGCUGGGCGCCCAGCCUGAAAGAACGCCCCUCCUUCAGCGAGAUGGUCAAUGCUCUGGGGGAUGUACCCACUGACAGCAAAGUCUGAGAGUCUCCUAAACUCCCCCCUGCCCCACCCCCCACCCUUCCACCAUUGGUUGAACUUGUGUCUGUGGGCAUCCCCCAUGCUCUCACUCACAGACUAAGAAUUAAAGAGUUCUAAGUCUUAUGACAUUUCAUGGGGGUAAGAACACAGAGGAGACUCUUACAAAUGUGGAGACUCUUUUUUUUGGCUUUUUUUGUGAAUACUCAGCAGACUGGAGGAUGGAUAACUGGGCCCACUUUGUUUGUUAAUGCUGAUCAUCAAUCAAGCAGCGGCACAUGCCAGUUUGUGCCCUUGCAGCACAGGACCCUGGGAACUACCUCUGCAGGUUAUAGUGUGGGACCUCACCCUGCCACCCGCUGCCAAGAGAGCAGCAAUCCAGCAGAGCCAGCAGCAGAGCAUCCCUGCACCGACCAUGAGAGGGCGCUGUUACUGCUGAACUGUAAUCCUUUCUAAUUCUGUCUCCAUCUUGGAGUUUGUAUCUUAUGUAGUAGGCGUGCUUGUAGGAGAGCAGGAUUCCAAAUCAAUAGCAGUUCUCGCCAGUGUUUAUUUCAGUGUGAAAGCAAGAGCAAGGACGACAACGGUUCAAGCAGGAAAGGAAAAGGCUUAUGUGAAAGCUGGAUUCUUUUUUUCUGUGGAGGCCACAGGCUCUUGUUCAUUCGUUCAGUACGGCCAAUUUAUGGAAAUUGUGGUAGAUCCACUCAUCAGAUUUAUUGUUUGUUUAAAGUAUGGUCAAAUGUAGGUCAGAGGAAAAAAAAAACUGAA